AUGUCCGCCACGACAAAUCCAGACCCAGAGCCGGGCGCGCCGGCCUUCAUCCCGCUCGAGGCCAACCCGGAGCUCAUGACCAAGCUCAUCCACACGCUGGGAGUCUCGCCGGCCCUCCAGCUUCACGACGUCUACUCCCUCACCGACCCAGACAUGCUCGCGUUCAUCCCUCGUCCGGCGCUCUCUCUGCUCCUCGUGUUCCCCGUAAGCACGGUCUACGAAAGCCACCGCAUGGCAGAGGACAACACCCUCGACGAGUACAGGGGAGCCGGGGAGCCGGAGCCCGUCAUCUGGUGGAAGCAGACCAUCCGCAACGCAUGCGGCAUGAUGGGCCUGCUGCACGCCGUGUCAAAUGGCCCUGCAAGGAAGUUUAUCGAGCAGGGCACAACGCUAGACGAACUCGUCCGAAAGUCCAUUCCCCUGCCCCCACGUGAACGAGCGUCCCUCCUCGAGAAGACGCCGGCCGUCGCGGCUGCUCACAAGGAGGCCGCCUCGGUGGGAGACACGGCCGCACCCGACGCCCAGGACGACGUGGACCUGCACUACGUGUGCUUCGUCAAGGGCGGCGACGGCGCGUUGUGGGAGCUGGACGGACGUCGCAAGGGCCCCAUCCGGAGGGGGGAGCUGCAGGACAACGAGGACAUGCUGAGUGAGCGCGCGCUGAGUCUGGGCAUCUUGAAGUUUCUGGAGAGGGAGGGCCGCGAUUUGAGGUUUAGCGCCGUGGCUUUAGCAGCGUCCUUGGGCUAG